CCUCCGCUCCGGAUGUGCCUCACUUGAAUCUGACCGCUAUUAUUUUCGCGACCAUUGAAAACCUCAAAGCUUUAUAACUCAGAUUCUUAUUUCGAAAAAUAUUGUUGCCAUAUUCAAAAAGAAGCAGCAGACAGUUAUUAAUCCAACGGUGUCAACAAUAAAAUGUCGAGAAGACGGCACAGUGACGGAGAUGAUGAUGGUAAGUUGUCACUAGAUAGGUAGCUAAUUCGAGGCUAACGCUAGCUAGCGUCUGCUGAAGCCCGCGAGAGUUGAUGCUGCUCGCUCUGUUUGUCAAUGUGUGCAUGCUAGCUAACUACCUUGAUUGCUAGCUAAAUCAUUAUAGCUAGUCAUUUCAAUUAGCUAACGUUAGUAGCUAGCUCUAUGAUGACUGUAUCGGUGCAUACGUAUAUGUGACACUGGCAGUUUUCCAGCACACCAUGAUUAGCUAGCUAGUUAGCCUGACGGAUUAGCAUAGCCCUUGCUUUUAGCCGGUUAACUAGAAAUUGCCUAGCAAACUACCUUUCGUCCACCAUCGUAUGAAGCAAAAAAACGUCCAUAUCCUACCAUAACGUUAAACAUUUGUCCAACAUAAUGUGAUAUCUAGCUAACGUUAUUCUCUUGUUGUUAACAACUGUUCAUGUUAUUUCAGACCUUGCCUUGGGGGCGGCAACCAGUGAUGCCAAAAAGUUGUUUAUCUCGCUAGCUGGCUAUCCUCUGCCAUUUACGCCACAGACAGUGGAUCUUCAAAAUAAUGAUUAGUGAAAUUAACUCGCUAGUAACUUGUUACGCGACUGAAGGUUAACGUUUUUAAAUAGCGAAGCAUAUGUGAGUUAGCACAAAAUACUAAAUUGAAGGAAGGAUUUAUCUCAGACUGUAUCUGUUUCAUCAUCUGUCCUGUAUGUGUUUGUCUCAUUCAAGGCGGCCAGUCUCACAAAAGAAGGAGAACGUCUGAGCCCAUUGAGAUUGAGGAUCGCCUGGAAUCACUGAUAUGUCGAGUGGGAGAAAAGGUAAUAGGGUUUUGCAGUAAGUGUGGGGAUGUUUUCUGCAUGAUACCCAUGUGUGUAUUUUGUCACUCACUAUACUUUUUUGCCUGAUUUGACCCCAGAAAUCACCAGAUAUGUUGCCCUACAACAAUUUCUUCAUUUGCAGAGUACCUCUUCCCUGGAAAGCAACUUGGAAGGUCUUGCAGGUGUCUUGGAAGCCGACCUCCCCAAUUACAAAAACAAAAUCCUCCGCAUUUUGUGUGCUGUGUAAGCUAUUGGAAGUUAUUCUAAUACAUUUGAAGGACUUUUAGUACAGUCAUAGGUACAGUAGAAAAAGGUUCCACCGUUAUACAGUACCAGUCCAAAGUUUGGACACACCUACUCAUUCAAUGGUUUUUAUUUUUUUUAAACUAUUUUCUACAUUGUAGAAUAGUAGUGAAGACAUCAACUAUGAAAUAACACAUAUGGAAUCAUGUAGUAACAAAAAAAGUGUUAAACAAAUCCAAAUAUGUUUUAGAUUUUAGAUUCUUCAAAUAGCCACCCUUUGCCUUGAUGACAUCUUUGCACACUCUUGGCAUUUUCUCAACCAGCUUCUUGAGGAAUGCUUUUCCAACAGUCUUGAAGGAUUUCCCACAUAUGCUGAGCACUUGGUGGCUGCUUUUCCUUCACUCUGUGGUCCAACUCAUCCCAAACCAUCUCAAUUGGGUUGAGGUUGGGUGAUUGUGGAGGCCAGGUCAUCUGAUGCAGCACUCCAUCACUAUCCUUCUUAGUCAAAUAGCCCUUACACAGCCUGGAGAUGUGUUUUGGGUCAUUGUCCAGUUGAAAAACAAAUGACAGUCCCACUAAGCGCAAACCAGAUGGGAUGGCAUAUCGCUGCAGAAUUUUGUGGUAGCCAUGCUGGUUAAGUGUGCCUUGAAUUCUAAAUAAAUCACUGACAGUGUCACCAGCAAAGCACCAUCACACCUCCUCCUCCAUGCUUCACGGUGGGAACCACACAUGCGGAGAUCAUCCGUUCACCUACUCUGCGUCUCACAAAGACACGGUGGUUGGAAACAAAAAUCUCAAAUUUGGACUCAUCAGACCAAAGGACAUAUUUGCUCAUGUUUCUUGGCCCAAGCAAAUCUCUUCUUCAUAUUGGUGUCAUUUAGUAGUGGUUUCUUUGCAGCAAUUCGACCAUGAAGGCCUGAUUCACUCUUGUCUCCUCUGAACAGUUGAUGUUGAGAUGUGUCUGGUACUUGAACUCUGAAGCAUUUAUAUGGGCUGCAAUCUUAGGUACAGUUAACUGUAAUGAACUUAUCCUCUGCAGCAGAGGUAACUCUGGGUCUUCCUUUCCUGUGUCGUUCCUCAUGAGAGCCAGUUUCAUCAUAGCGCUUGAUGGUUUUUGCGACUGCACUUGAAGAAACUUUCAAAGUUCUUGAAAUUGUCCAGAUUGACUGACCUUCAUGUCUUGUAGUAAUUAUGUACUGUCGUUUCUCUUUACUUAUUUGAGAUGUUCUUGCCAUAAUAUGGACUUGGUCUUUUACCAAAUAGGGCUAUCUUCUGUAUACCACCCCUACCUUGUCACAACACAACUGAUUGGCUCAAAUGCAUUAAGAAAUAAAUUCCACAAAUUAACUUUUUAAGAAGGCACACCUGUUAAUUGAAAUGCAUUCCAGGUGACUACCUCAUGAAGCUGGUUGAGAGAAUGCCAAGAGUGUGCAAAGCUACUUUGAAGAAUCUCAAAUAUAAAAUAUAUUUUGAUUUGUUUAACACUUUUUUUGGGUUACUACAUGAUUCCAUAUGUGUUAUUUCAUAGUUUUGAUGUAUGCACUCACUAACUGUAAGUCGCUCUGGAUAAGAGCGUCUGCUAAAUGACUAACAUGUAAAUGUAAUUCACUAUUAUUCUACAAUGUAGAAAGUAGUAACAAUUAAGAAAAACCCUCGAAUGAGUAGGUGUGUCCAAACUUUUGACUGGUACUGUAAUUGUGUGUCUGGUUUUGACAGGGCUCGACUUCUACCCGAGAAGCUGACCGUGUACACAACACUAGUGGGCCUUCUCAAUGCCAGGAACUACAACUUUGGUGGGGAGUUUGUGGAGGCCAUGAUCAGACAACUCAAAGAGACCUUGAAGGCCAACCUGUACACCGAAGCGCUGUACCUGGUAAGUGUUUGGUGCGAUAAAAUAAUUAGUCCACUGGCUCACCAAGGCAAUUUUAGCAAGAGUCUUUCUAAGUAAUUACAAAUGCAUUACAAUAAUGUUUGACAUUAUGCAAAACAAUGGUUUCCAACACCUUGGCUUCCCUCUUUUUUCUCCAGGUGCGCUUCCUCUGUGACCUGGUGAACUGCCACGUGAUCGCUGCCCCCUCCAUGGUAGCCAUGUUUGAGAACUUUGUUAGUGUCACUCAGGAGGAAGAUGUGCCGCAGGUAACAUCUUAUUGAUGCAUUUUAAACCCUUGAGUUGUAUGCAAGUGUAUACAGUUUAGUUUUAGUAUUGGUGCAUUUUGACUGUUUUCUCUCUUCCCAGGUGCGCUCGGACUGGUUUGUCUAUGUUGUACUCUCCAGUCUCCCCUGGGUUGGGAAGGAACUCUAUGAGAAGAAGGACGUGGAGAUGGACAGGCUCCUAAACCAGAUUGACGGUUACAUCAAGUAUGCUUUUUUCCCUCUCUUCUGCUAUAGUUUGGUAUUAACAUGUCUUUCUGUCUCUUUCCUAGUUGAGGAACUGUGCAUGAUGUAAUGCAAUUGAAAUGUAUGAGUAUUUUGAGCGAGACUCCUUUGUCAACUGCACUCAAUAGUGGUGAGACGGUCAUGGUGACACCAAUCUAUGGUUUUUCAGGAGGCGACUGAAGACUCAUGUCCCCAUGCUUCAGGUUUGGACAGCAGAGAAGCCACACCCACAAGAGGAGGUAAGUAGGAGAGAUGUUUUCAUAUAAAUGUAUGUUAUAUUCCUCUUUCAUAACCAUCAUAACCGUCACCACUUCCUCGCUCGCCCUCAGUACCUGGACUGCCUGUGGGCUCAGAUCCAGAAGCUGAAGAAGGACCGCUGGCAGGAGCGCCACAUCCUGCGGCCGUACAUCGCCUUUGACAGCGUGUUGUGUGAGGCCCUGCAGCACAACCUGCCACCCUUCACCCCGCCCGCCCACAUGCCCGACUGCCAGUACCCCAUGCCCCGCGUCAUCUUCCGCAUGUUCGACUACACCGAUGCCCCCGAGGUACCGUGUAGCACUCCCUUGAGAAAGAGGAACGUUUGGGAAUGGGGUGGCCUUUUGGAAUGCUCUGACUAGUCUUUCUCUCUCUCCCUGACCACAGGGUCCUGUCAUGCCAGGCAGCCACUCUGUGGAGAGGUUUGUGAUUGAGGAUAACCUUCACAACAUCAUCAAGUCCCACUGGAAAGAGAGGAAGACCUGGUGAGCUGCUGUACUUUCUAAUGGACUUGUUUAGGUGUCCUCUUUUUGUGAGAGUGAGUCAUUUCUUACUCGUAAUUGAGCAAACAAGUACGUUUUUUUUUCUUCAGUGCUGCGCAGUUGCUCAGCUAUCCAGGGAAAAACAAGAUCCCACUCAACUAUCACAUUGUGGAGGUAAGCCCAUUACUGCUUCAUAUCAAGGAGUUUCAUAUCAAUAGGAGAACAGGACCGAAGUUGACGCUUCCAUUCCUCUUUCCCUCUCUUCUUCCAGGUGAUCUUUGGAGAGCUCUUCCAGCUGCCCUGUCCCCCCCACAUCGACGUCAUGUACACCACGCUGCUCAUCGAGCUCUGCAAGCUACAGCCAGGCUCCCUGCCCCAAGUUGUAUCCUUCACCCCACUACUGGGACUACCCACCACAUUCUAGUAAAGGGCACUCUGAAAGGGUAGUCCAUCACAGAAAUGCUUGUUUGAAUACUUCAGACAUUAUUUUUUUCUCCUAUGCUAAAUAUGAGAAUAGUGGGAAACCAGGGUACACAAAAUGGCAUGGGAAAAUGCAGAAAUACUGUUUUCAGAGAUCCUACUUUUUAAAAUCAACAAGUAAUUUUUUGUCAGGAUUGGAUACUUGUUUUACAUCAACAGUGAGUGUUAACCCCUUAACAGCCUCCUCCCAGUUGGCCCAAGCCACAGAGAUGAUGUACAUGAGACUGGACACCAUGAACACUACUUGCAUAGACCGACUCCUCAACUGGUUCUCCCACCAUCUGAGCAACUUUCAGUUCCGAUGGAGCUGGGACGACUGGUAAGAUCAGCUGUCUUUUACAAUACUUUAUUUUUAUUUUGUUGGAACCCCUACUUAUUGUAUCAAAUGCAGAUACUAUUUAGAACAAAUAAAUGUUAUUCUCCAAAGGACGGACUGUUUAGCGCUGGAUGCAGACAAGCCCAAGCCCAAGUUUGUCAAGGAGGUUCUGGAGAAAUGCAUGAGGUAUUUUCAUUCAGAUCCACUAAUACUGUGUUGCACCCAGCUUGUUUUAAAUCAUACAUAGGGAGGGAUGUGUAUAGUCUGUCCCUGGAAAUUGACCAAUCGACUUUUGUUCUUGACCUCCAGGCUCUCCUAUCAUCAGCGGAUAGUGGACAUUGUCCCUCCCACUUUCUCAGCCCUCAUCCCAGCCGACCCCAUCUUCUUUUACAAAUACCAAGAUGAGGCCAACAGUAAGUACGCUGCCUCUCCAUGGGCCAUUUAUUUCUGUAAGCUUCUGUCUGUUGGUGCAUCAUAGCCUGGGGACUAAGAUGACUCUAAUGUGCUCGUAAUUGGUCUGGCAUUUUAUUUUCUUCUGUUGAAUUGUAAGAGUGUGGUCACAAGUGACAGCCUUUUGAUGGUAAAGCUCAAAUAAACCCAAGGGGUAACAAUUCACAUUAGUGUUGUUAUUCCAGUGAAACUGUAAUGGAACUGAUGUAAUUAGCCUGUAACAGGAAAGUAGUUCACUCAGUGUAAUCUAAGUAAAUACGGUGUGCACUGUCUUCCUUUUUCUUACUGUUGAACUCUUGACGGGAGCACCAUCAGAAAUACAACAUGACACCUCUGCCUUUGUCCAGGUGCGCUGCCAGGCUUUGCCGUGGCCAUAACGGUGGGCAACGCCAUCAAGAACCGGGCCUCCAAUGAGGAGAUCCUCACCGUGCUCAAAGACGUGCCAAACCCCAACCAGGAAGAUGACGACGGUCAGUUAGCCCCAAAGCACUCACCUUCUCAGUGUUCCUAUAUACACUCAUUACAGUACUGUAUACCAUAGGGAUAUGUUCUACUCAUUUCUCACUCACUCCUCCUUUGUCUGUUUCCAGAUGAGGGCGAGGGCUUCAACCCCCUGAAGAUAGAGGUGUUCCUGCAGACUCUCCUCCAUCUGGCUGCCAAGUCCUUCAGCCACUCCUUCAGUGCCCUGGCCAAGUGAGUGCCUGUUAUGCCAACCCACACCCUCCCUUUCCGUGCCCUCCUCUGUGCCACAGAAAAGGGUGGCAUUGUUCAGUCUUGAGGCUUAGUGUAGCAUCGCUAUGAUACCAGGCAGUUGAGUGAACGGUAGGAAUCCAUCCUCUGUUGAUUUUGCACGUGUUGUCUGUGUGUACAACGCCUAAAGUGUCCUGUUUCCAUCUCCCAGGUUCCAUGAGAUUCUGAAGGCCCUGACGGACUGUGACGAGGGCAAGCUGCACAUCCUCCGGGUGGUCUAUGAGGUCUGGAGGAACCACCCACAGGUGAGACCUACCACCCACCUCAGUCACCUACACUAGAACACUCAUUUCCACAGAGUUAAUAUAGAUUUUGUGAAUUGUGACGUGACCAUAGGGUGUUUGGAGAAAGGUGAGUCUGUGGUGUAACUCAGUGUGGUCGACCUGUCUCUGUUUGUGCAGAUGAUCUCUGUGCUGGUGGACAAGUUGAUCCGUACACAGAUUGUGGACUGUGCAGCCGUAGCCAACUGGCUCUUCUCGCCAAACAUGGCUCAUGAAUUUACCAGGUGGGUGUUAAACCCUCUCUGCGUGUGCGCCCGCACACACACGUUUGCUGUGUCUUCCUUUGCUGUAAAUCAGAUUAUGCAAGAAAUAGUUUUCAGUUAUCCUAAUAUGUGGUCCUCUGUAGCUCAAUUGGUAGAGCAUGGCGCUUGUAACGCCAGGGUAGUGGGGUUCGAUCCCCGGGACCACCCAUACGUAAAAAUGUAUGCGCACAUGACUGUAAGUCGCUUUGGAUAAAAGUGUCUGCUAAAUGGCAUAUUAUUAUUAUGUACUACAGUAUUAAAAAUCCACUGUUUUGAAAUGAAUGAACUCAUGGAUACUCCAUGCUUGGCCUUGUUGUGGGCAGGUUUUACGUGUGGGAGAUUCUGCACUCCACCAUCCGUAAGAUGAACAAACACGUCCAGAAGAUUCAGAAAGAGCUAGAGGAGGCCAAGGAUAAGCUGGAGAGGCAACAGCAUAAGAAGGUAAGCAGCAGGAGGGUGUCCUAGCAACCACUGCUGUAAACACAGCCUAUUAUAGACUCUUUAAAGGCACAAAUCACUCAACAGCAUUGUACUGAUUGUGCCAGUAGUUUCUCUUCCAAGUUUUACACAAAGCAGAAUAUUCCCAUGUACAGUAUAGUGCCCUGUUUAGACUGUGUACUGGUUUUGCUGUCUAAACAUGCAUCACAACCCAACAAAUUGAAUGUGGCCUUGAAUGGACACACUGUCCCUUUCAAACAUAUUAAAACAUAUUUGUAUUAGUUUAGUCUGUUAAUAGCCAUUAUCAGUACAUGUCAGUGCUGCUGCCAUUUUUUAAAGGGAUGAGAGGAGCCAAACAUGCGAAUAGGAUUCUAUCUUUCUCUCCCUCUCUCUCUUGUGCGUUUGUCUCUUUCCCCUCCCUCCCUCAGCAGAAGGACAGUGGAGAUGAGGAGGACAUGGAGAAGAACAGUGAGGAUGAGGACGGUCAGCUGGAGGAGCAGAUCGAGCGUCUACAGGAGAAGGUGGAGUCGGCCCAGAGUGAGCAGAAGAACCUCUUCCUGGUCAUCUUCCAGGUAGUGCAUGGUCAAUAAAGCUUUGAAUUUAAACGUACUAUGUCGGCGACAUGGUUGCCUGUUCUGUUUUCAACUGUUCAGCGCUUUCAGUGAUGCUGAGGAACGAGGACAGUAGACAGGACGUCACUCCAGUGUUUUGUAUGAGUCCAUAGGAUCCAGCCUGAUUUCAUCCUCCUUUUAAAAUCUUUAAAAGAAAAAUCUUGUCCCUCUCUUCUGUCCCCGUAGCGCUUCAUCAUGAUGCUGACGGAGCACCUGGUGCGCUGCGAGACAGGAAGUGUGGACUUCAGCACGCCCUGGUACAAGAACUGCAUCGAGAGGCUGCAGCAGAUCUUCCUCAUGGUAUUAGCUAGCUACUCCUUCUCGCCCUGUUCUUCAGUCUGACGGGCCCUGUUCAUUCAAUUCCAUGUAAUUCAAGUUCAACUGAUGUUCUUUGUGUUUUCUUUGUAGCAUCAUGUGACCAUCCAGCAGUACAUGGGGACCCUGGAGAACCUGCUGUUCACCGCCGAGCUCGACCACCACAUCCUAGCUGUGUACCAGCAGUUCUGUGCCCUGCAGCUCUGAGACCCUUCACACACACCAUUACUUUACAUACGCCAUACUCUACACACACACUCUUGCAUCAAGAUUUCCUCAUUACUUUUUAUUUUUUUCGACUUUGUGUGUGUGUGAGUGCCAUUGACGGUAUUAACUGUAAAAUACCAUAUUUGGAGGAGGAUUUGUUUUUUGGGGGGAAGUAUUACAUUUUACAGAUGUUGGAAUCUGUCUCUUGAGUCUUAUGCCAUUUCUUUGUGUAGUGUUUUUUUCCCCUUCAUUUUGCUGUUCAUUUUUACCACGUUACUUGUAGCCCUAUUAAG